AUGCGCCCCCAAUCCCUCCUAACCCUAACCGCUCUGGCCAGCACAACAAUAGCCACAACAAUCACUCAGCUAUCCAAUUUCACCACCCCAGUCGACAUCGAGAACAGCAUCCUCCGGCCCAAUGGCAACCUCCUCCUAACAACAUUCGACCAAGGCCGCCUCUACACCCUUAACCCGUCCGACCCAACCCCCAAAAUCAACCUAGUCACCGCCCUCCCAGGCGCCACCGCAAUCUGCGGCAUCACCGCCAUAGACACCGACAAAUAUGCCAUUGUAGGCGGCAUCCGCGGGUCCUACCACUAUGACAACGAAACCCUCUACACCGUCGACUUCAGCGACGACCGCGCCCUCCCCGCCGUCGAUAUCGUAGCGCAUAUCCCCAAUGCCGAAAUGCUCAACGGCAUGGCCUCCCUCCCCGCCAACCGCCACAUCGUUCUCAUCGCCGACUCGAGACUCGGCUCUCUGUUCCGCGUGGAUACCCGCACCGGCGUGUCAGGCAUUGUCCUGACGCAUCCUGCUCUCGCUGCCCCGAGCAAUGCGUCCCUGCCCAUCGGCAUCAACGGGCUCAAGGUUGUGGGUGGGUUUGUUUACUUCACUAAUAGUGCUUUGAACAUCUUUGCGCGCAUCCCCGUCAGUGGUGACGGAGGGCGGUUUGGUCAGGUGCAGAUCCUGGCGCGUCUGGAUGCGGCGGCUGGUGAGGACUGGGAUGAUUUUGCUAUUGAUGCUGAGGGCACGGCGUAUAUUGCGCAGCCGGAGAAUUCUCUGGCUAGGGUUACUGCCGAUGGCGAGUAUAGUGUUGUUGUUGAGGCUGGGGAUGGUUUGGAUCUGAUUGGGCCUACUUCUGUGCAGAUUGCCCCUGGGGGCGUGCUUUAUGUUACUACUCGGGGCGGGGACGUUGGGGGGUAUACUUAUGGUGGGCAGGUGGUUGCUGUUCAGUUGGAUUGA